AUGCGACAUGACGCAAUCGUAAAGGAAGAAAACCGUCUCCGAGGCGAUGCUGGCCAGUCUGCUGAAACACUACACACACUACCGGAACUUCUGGGGUUAUUUUAUGCAGAACCGUACGUGCAGCUUCCGCAUGCCGGUGGUUUCAUACUUGCUCGGCGGCAAGGCGGGACAGCUACGACAGCGAUAACCGGGUCAAACGAGGAAGAACUAGAGAAAGAGAACGAUGAAGAAGCUGUAGUCGGGUAUACCCUCUUUGCAUUCGAUACACGCGAAUUCGAAGAAACGCUGGAGAGUCAAUGGUUCCAUCCACUGCGCGCAAAAUACCCGAAAGAUACAAGUGACGCGGACACGUAUAAAAUCCAACUCACGGAAGCUGAUAAACAAUACGUCUCGCUAUUACACGCUCCAGGCCUCGCACCAGACGCGUGUGUCGCGUUCUCACCUGCUCAUUUGCAUGUCGAUAUCCUGCCCGAAGCUCAACGCCAAGGCUGGGGUCGUCGACUACUCGACGCAGCAGUGAGAUUCCUCCGUGACGAGAAAGGACUGACAAGCGUCUGGCUCGGGUACGAUCCGAAGAAUACAGAUGCUGCGAGAUUUUACGAGCGAUUAGGGUUCAAGCCUAUUGAAGGAGCGCCUAGUAAUUAUGUGGGCUUGAAGUUUGAAGAUUGGACCUUCGCGUGAUUGCACGCGUAAUCAUUGUGAAC